UCCAAAACCUCAGCUCGUGUCUUAGCUAGGCCACGCCACACCAACCUUUUUUCUCUUUAGGUGAGAGAUUUCUGGAAGUAAUAAGCUCCCUACCUAUGGCAAACUCAGAGGCCAGAACGAAUAGCGAUGUUGCACGAGUAUCAGGAGAUGCUGGAGUUUGUGUAUUCAAGGAGGAUGAUGAACUCCCCAUUGAUAAAGUGAUUGGUGAGAACCUUCUACAUGUAAUCAACAACUCCAUGCUCUACAUACCCAUCUUCUCUCAGACUUAUGCUUCUAGUAAACGGUGCCUCCAAGAGCUUGCACUCAUAGUAGAAAAUGUCUCUAAAUCUGAAGGUCAAAAAAGUAUCAUUCCUAUUUUUCUUGAUGUGGAACCUGAGGAUGUUAAACUUAGAACUCCACUUUAUAGCAUUGCUUUUGAGAAACACAACGAGGACUUUCCUCGGGAAGCAGAGGCUUGGAGAAAGGCUCUUGCGGAAGUUGAUGAAAACAAGGGAUGGAAUGUGAAAAAGGAUCAAAGCCAAGCAGCGAUUGUCAAAUUAGUCGUUGAAAAGGUUAUGGAGAAGCUAGAGAUGAAACGAAAAUCAGUGACUGAACAUUUAAUUGGACUUGAGGAUCAAGUAAAACAAUUGAUAGAGUUAUUAGAUGUCAACCAUCAGGAUGUGCGGCUCAUUGGAAUUCAUGGAAAGGGUGGUAUCGGUAAAACAACCAUUGCCAAGAUCAUCUUCAAUAAACUAUCUUCCCACUUUGAAAAGUGUUGUAGCUUCCUUGAGAACAUACGAGAAAGCUCAUUGACCAAGGAGGGCAUAGUCCAGUUGCAAAGGAAAUUACUAUCUGACAUUGUUGGUUCUGGAUCUACAAAACAAUUAAUGGAUAGUGAGGAAGCAAUGAGGAGGAUUGGAGACACACUCAGCACUAAAAAUGUCCUUUUGGUUCUGGAUGAUGUUGAUAAAAAAGAGCACAUUAAGAUUUAUUCAUUACAUUCAGGGUCUAGGAUAAUCAUUACAACAAGAAACAAAAUUGUUCUGAAUGUUAAGGGACUUAAAGAUGAAAUUCCAUGCUAUGAGAUGCUAAAGAUGGAUGACGCUGCUGCGCUUCGCCUUUUUUGUCAGCAUGCCUUUGAAUUGGGAAAGCGUAUUGUCCAUUUAGAAAGUCCAUUCAAUCCAAGAAAGCGUAGUAGGUUGUGGAUUGCACAAGAGGCCCUUGAAAUCAUAAAAACCAAAAAGAGGAAGGAUGAGAUUCAAGCUCUUAAGAUAUUUAGAUAUGCUGACCCCAUAGAGAUUACAAAUGAAGAGUUUGAAAGGUUAAAAAAUCUAAGAUUCCUCGAGCUACACUGGGGAACUUAUGCUGGGGAUUUUGCGAGAUGUCAUUCAAAUUUGAGAUGGUUUUCUUGGCAUUCUCCUCAGGACUUUAGGGCAGCCAAUAUGUAUUUGGAUCAUCUUGUUGUUUGUAAACUUGACACUAUUGACUUCAAGGAUGAUUCAAAAGCAUGGGACUUGAUUAAGAGGGCACAAAAUUUAAGAGUUCUAUCCGUUACUCGGUGUUCUAGCAUAACAACAAUCCCAGACUUCUCCAGAUGCUCGCAUUUAGAGAGGUUGACUCUUGCAGACUGCUUCAAUCUAGAGAGAAUUGAGAGCUUCAUAGGAGAUCUAGUGUCGUUGAUUGAAUUAAAGAUCGAAGAGUGCGGUGGUCUUAUUGAUUUGCCUAAAGAACUGGGGGCAUUGGUGAAGCUUAAGCACUUUUCAUUGUCGGGAUGUAGAGGGUUGAGAGAACUUCCAAGUUCACUUGGAAAUUUAACCUCAUUAAUAGAGUUGGACUUAUCAGGUACCAACAUUGCUAAAACUCCUAGAAUGCCUUUGUUGGGUCAUGCACAGGAGAUUCCUCUGGAUACAUCUGACUUUAAAUCCAAGUUAGACAAGGUGCAGCAUCUUCUUCAUCAAUAUACAGUAGAUGUGCAUGAAUUGAUUUGUUUUAGUUUCAAUUUGAUGCUCUAAUUUGGUAAAACAGCGCAAACUGUAAUAAAGUUAAAACAUUAUUCUGAAAUUUGCAUGCAUGAAAAUAUAUUUUUUUUUUAUCCGACGACAAAAAAUCAUCAGAGAUACCUCUAAAUUAUUUCAAAUGCAUGAGAGUUCUUCUGACGCGUUCUUUGUAAUUGGAAAUGUUGUUUGGUAUAACUUAAGCAA